CUUGGCGCCGCGACCUCAUGUGAGACACCUCCUGCGCGAGCCAGUCCGACGUUACCUCUGCAGAGGAAAAAACGCAAUGGAGCCCUGAAAAACUGUUCGCUUUUCCCUCUCUCUCUCUCUCUCUCUCUCUCUCUCGUUUGACCCCCCGAGGGGAGACAAAAAAAAAAAAAAAAAAAAAAAAAAAAAAGCCCAACACAAACUAUCCGCGUCCACGCGCUGCUUUUAUCUGCUAUUUAAACUCGAAGGCGUUAACAGGGCGGCGCGACGAUGUGGAUCCAGGUUCGUACUAUAGACGGGAAGAAGACGCGAAGCAUUGAGGAUCUUUCUAGAUUGACCAAAAUCGAGUCUUUGCGCGUGAAAAUACAAGACGUCUUCAAUGUGAGCCCGCAGCAGCAGCGCCUCUUCUACCGAGGGAAGCAGAUGGAAGACGGCCAGACACUGUUUGACUACAACGUGGGUCUCAAUGACAUCGUUCAGCUGAUGAUUCGCUCUCAGACCGACGCUCCCGACAGCCCCGCCGCCAAGGACUCCUCAGGUGAUGCCUGCAGUUCUGCCCCUCCGCCCGACUCCAGGCCUGAAAGCCACAACGUCCCAGCUCCUGCCUCCCCCGCUGCUAUGGAAACAACCCCCAAUAUAGACAAUGAAAAGAGCAGCAUCACUACCAGCACUGUUAACGAAACCACGCCAGACACCAGCGCUACCAGUAACUCAACCAGUACCAAAAACGGCUUUAAGUCCUCCAGUCCAGCACAGGACACCCAGCCACCCACAUCCAGCAGAAACGCACUAGUCGACCCAGGAAUCGGCGUGUACAAGAUUAACGAGCUGGUGGACUGCAGAGACGUCAGCAUCGGUGCCUGGUUUGAGGCCUGCGUCGAAAAUGUAACACGCGCUCCCAAAGGACAGAUAACGCCCACCAAGGGCAAGGUGGGGCGGCCACCAAAAAGGACUAAUGGAAAGCUGGAGGCCGAGCAGGGACAGGCCCACGGCCAGGGUCAAACCACAGACAGUAACAGGAAUAAUGUUGUGUUAAACUCGGAGAGUAAUGGAGCCUCCACCUCUCAGACAGACUCUACGGCAACGGCAACCGACAGCAAGGAGAGAGAAGAGGACGUAAUUUACCACAUUAAAUAUGAGGACUACCCAGAGAACGGCGUGGUGGAGAUACGACCGGUUCACGUGCGGCCACGUGCCAGAACCAUACUGCGGUGGGACCAGCUCGAGGUGGGCAUGCACGUGAUGGUGAACUACAACAUGGAGACGCCAGACGAGAGGGGCUUCUGGUUCGACGCCGAGAUUCUGACCCUCAAUCAAACCUCCCGCACCAACAAGGAGCUCCGAGUCAACAUCCUCCUGGGGGGUCCUGGAGAUGUAAUUGGAGAUUGCAAAGUUCAGUUUCUGGAUGAAAUCUACCAGGUGGAGAAACCAGGAGCUCGUGCACUGUCGGGCGCUGACGGACAGUUUAAACGGAAGAGUGGGCCGGAGUGUAAGCACUGCAAAGCCGACCCUGACGCAGAGUGUCGAUUCUGCUCCUGCUGUGUGUGCGGUGGGAAGCAGGAUGCUCACAUGCAGCUGCUGUGUGAUGAGUGCAACAUGGCGUUCCACAUCUACUGCCUCAACCCACCACUGGCCACCAUCCCAGACGACGAGGACUGGUACUGUCCAACCUGUAAGAACGACACCAGUGAGGUUGUCAAGGCGGGCGAGAAGCUCAAAGCCAGCAAGAAGAAAGCCAAAAUGCCUUCGGCAACGACUGAGAGUCAAAGGGACUGGGGAAAGGGUAUGGCCUGCGUGGGGCGUACUAAAGAAUGCACAAUUGUUCCUUCAAACCACUAUGGACCCAUACCCGGUGUUCCUGUUGGAACCACAUGGAAGUUCAGAGUACAGGUGAGCGAGGCAGGCGUUCACAGGCCACACGUCGGCGGGAUCCACGGGCGCAGUAAUGACGGCUCCUACUCGCUGGUGCUGGCCGGGGGCUUUGAGGAUGAAGUGGACCGGGGAGAUGAGUUCACCUACACAGGCAGCGGGGGUCGCGACCUCUCAGGAAACAAGCGGAUUGGAGAGCACUCUUUCGACCAGACCCUGACCCACAUGAAUAGGGCAUUGGCCUUAAACUGCGAUGCACCUUUGAAUGACAAAGACGGAGCAGAGUCCAGGAACUGGCGGGCAGGAAAACCCGUGAGAGUCGUGCGCAGCUCCAAAGGUCGACGGAUCAGCAAAUAUGCUCCUGAGGAAGGAAACCGCUACGAUGGCAUUUACAAGGUGGUGAAGUACUGGCCAGAGAUUGGAAAGUGUGGUUACUUGGUGUGGAGGUACCUGCUGAGGCGGGAUGAUAUGGAACCGGCACCGUGGACACCCGAAGGUGUGGAGAGGAUCAAAAAACUGGGGCUCGCUGUUCAGUACCCACCAGGCUACCUGUCGGCCAUGGCUAACAAAACAAAGAAGGAGGCCUGCGCCAGACCCGGUCGCGGCGGCCGGACUAAGCACUAUCCCGGGAGGGGGAGGCCACGGAGACAACGCAAGAUCAAGGAGAAAGAGGAAAUUGAUGAGGAAGAGGAGGAUGAGCCUCCGAUGGAAAACAUGGAAGAGGAGGCGCCACAAAGUAAUGGAGAGCAGAAGACAACCGAAGAUAGUGAAUCGUCACCAGCAGCCGAACCUCCGUCUAAACGGGUGAAGAUAGAGGAGACCUUCCAGCUGUCAGAGCAGCAGCAGCAGCUGAUCCGAGAGGACACAGCCAACAAGAAACUCUGGGAUGAAGCCAUGGAAAACCUUAAAGAAGGACCGAAUUUCCUGCGCAAGAUGGAGCAGAUCUUCAUGUGUGUGUGCUGCCAGGAGCUGGCCUUCCAGCCCAUCACCACCGUCUGCACACACAACGUUUGCAAGACUUGUCUCCAGCGGUCGUUCCGAGCGAAGGUGUACACCUGCCCCGCCUGCCGUCACGACUUGGGCAAGGACUACGUCAUGGCCCAAAACAAGACGCUUCAGUUGCUGCUUGACCAGUUCUUUCCCGGCUACAGCAAGGGCCGAUGAGGUCGAAAUCACAUUUAUAAGUAGGAUACAUGCACAUAAGCAUCCAUUCUGUGCACCCUCGUAUACCGUCAAGUACCUAGAGCUCCACUUUAAAAAUGCAUUGCACACACAUAAUGUACUUACCCACGGGCAAAUGUAUAUUGCAUAUACAGCCAUUUAUGUAUACAAUCAUUCAUACACAAACAACCUCAGUAGGGACUGACCUCAUCUGCUGAACUUGGACUGUCUCCAUUAACAUCACCAGCCUGAAAUUCAACCGAGGACAUUUUUUUAAAACCUCCCCACUCCUGCCACACAAACGCGCACAAAAAACAAACGCACAAAAAGGAGCCCCAACUCAAACUCCCACAAGCCAUCGUAAAACAUCGGUUCAUUUUUUUAUUUUUUAUUUUUCCCUUCCACUGUGUCGUCCACCGGUUCCAUCGAUUGACACAUAGCACGUUGUUUGAAAUUUCUCAAUAGCAUGAGAUCAGCUGUUAGAUUCCUGCCAACCUGUUUGCAUUUUGUGUACCAUGUGUGCAGCUCUUCACACCAAAACACUGAUCUGAGUGUGUGUGUGUGUGUGUGCUCGGUGCUACCAGAUGAUGAAAUUAAGAAAGUCCUGAAUUACCACGCAGUCAUAAAUGAAACGAAGCACACGAUGUUUUCUGCCGUUGAAGCACUUUAUCAUUGACAUGUGCAUCAGACUUGUUUUGUGGGUUAAUCAGAAGCAUUUACUAGCAUCCUGUUAGCUGCUCGUGUCACUUGGAAUGGUGCCAUUGCCAUGCCUUCAGCUAAUAAGAAUAGCAAAUGUCUCGCCAGGGGUAACUUUCCGUGUUUUGGCAGAGAACAGAAAUUGGCAGCUGUGUCCAGUUUGUUUGGAGUGUUGGAGGAUUUCCUGCUCGAGCAAGGCUUUAACUUUAUACACUAACAGAAUCCACCAAUGACACAAAUCUCUGUUUAGAUUUCACGUGGAGUCAUAAACAGUAUUUACCAAACACGAGGCUGUGGGGGCAACAAUCGUAGGAUCUGAUUUAUAAAAGACAAUUUGGAUGAAGAAUCACACCCUCAAGUGAAAGGCAACAGUCAGUACACUACCAGUUUAUCAGCUUCCUUUACUUAGACGCUGUUUGUUUCUAUUUCUGAGCAGCUAAAAAUAAAUGUACAAGAUGCACUUAAUGCACUAAAAACCUCUAACAGUGUCUAAAUAAUUGAGCAAACAUAAUGUAAAGACAUUUAUCUGCUUCAUGGUUCCACAGACUAACCCGUCCUUGUACACAGGAUGAAUACGUUUUCUUUUAUUGACCAGACUGAAACCUGCGACUGCAUUAAACGUCUGUAAAGCGUUAGAUGAGCCGCAUACGCGUUCCCUUCAGUGACAUCUGAAAUGGCACACUGUGGUUUUGUCCCUGGUGUUACCAAGCAACCACAAUAAAGCAGGACUUCACACAAGGAUGGUUAGCAUAUAUUGUGCUCAGCAGAUAUUCAUCUGCUAUUGUUCUUCCUGUUCGGCUCGGCGUAGCGUUCUCUGGAGGGCUCUGGGCGUCCGGCAUGAUGCACGUCUCCUUCAUUUCAGAGAAACCAGUCUGAUGAGUAAUUGCACCGGCAGCGCGACGUGGAUUAUUUGUCACAUUAACGUCCAGAAAAUGGAAAUGCGGCUGUUUUAGUUGAGCCAAACAAAAGGCCACUGAUUUGUGCUCGCUGAUAAAGAGCUUCCCACUCAGCGUGAUCCACGCAGCCGGGGCCAAGCUGUACAGUUCCCUAAUGUACAGUAGACAGACUGUUUCAUAUCGCCACGGAUUGUUGUUCACCGGUGCUGCCCUUCACAACAACCAGAGAUUGAUAAGAGUGCCUUGUAGUACUUUUCAGUACUGUCAAGUACCAAAAGAUCGCACCGAAUUCAGGUUCCUAGUUAAGUUUAGACUUUUAAUCAGACAUUUACUGAUGUUAAAAUAACCGUUUUAUUCUUGUGAGGCUGCUUGUGUUUAGUCAUCGAUGUGUUCUAGUGUGUAGUCUCGUGUUGGUUCUGAAGCUCGUAGUGAAAUGUUUUGAAUCCAAGAGAGAGUUUACAACAGUGUUUAUGUGAGAGUUCACUGAGACGCCUCUGGUUUUAUUAAUACACAACUGAAUAUUUUUUAAAAAGUAAUGCAUGUUGUUACUCAGGCGUACAUUGAAUAUGUAAAGAAACAUUCGUGCAAAGUGAAGCUUAAACUGCGUUCUUUACUGGCAUCAAGAGAAGCGAAGCAGCCUGAGUUCAUCGUUUAAUGUCCGAGCCCCCUCUUGGUCCUUUUUAGCCAAUAAAUAGGUCAUCCAGGAUGUUUUAAUUGGAAAACAACACCUGGGAAAAAGAGUAAUUUGUGAGUUCAUCGUCACGAGGAAUUUGUGUUUGUAGUCGAGAGAGAAGCCCGAGAACAAGAAGGAACCGAGGAGGAGGAGGAGGAGAGGCGUUUUCAGAAGAACUGGGAUGACAAACAAAAACAUCGCAGAGUUCCUAAAAGGUCGGCUGUGCUCGAUGCGUUCAGUUCACAUUAGUUGGAUUCCUUGACACAGAAAGUCGCUUCCAAAAAGACAGAGAAGACUAGCUGAUUUAUUUUGGAUAUGCCGGAUAACAAGGAGGCUUGUUUACAUACCGCGGUACAUGUUUAUAAGGAUUAUGAGCGUGUGUGACAGAAGGAGAUCGCUUUUUUUUUUCUUUCCUUUCUUUCUUUCGAGUUUUCUGGCUCCACACUGAGGUGAAUGUUUUCAAGUGUCAAAACAUGAGAGCGUGUGGAUGUCACGUCUAACCUGCAAACUAAACAGAAACAUGAGGAUCUCGUUUGUUUCUCCCAGAUCGUCAGGUCGAUCUAAAAUCCAAACGAUAAUGGCAGCUGUGAACACGAUACAAACAAAUCUGGAUGUGUGUGUUCUCCUCAGCAGAAGAUUCACCACGUUGUUGGUCUGAAUGAAGCUCAAGGCUGUUUCCUAACUUUAUUUUUAAAAAAAAGCUACUUAUUUUGGAUAACGAGACACAUUUUUGUAUUUAUUGCUUUUCUUAUGUGUACCUCUUCGGCGAGACUAGUUAAAACUAGACAACUAAAAGCACUUGGAAAUCUCUUUUUUUCCCCACAAAACAUUCGAUUCCUGCUUUUAUCUGACCUCCACCAUGAAAUCCAUUUAUUAUUUUUACCUUCUGCUGCAUUGUGACCAUUUUAUUUGCAGAUAUUGAUGAUAAUUAAAUGCUGAGGCGCGUUUAUCACACAUAGAAAGUCGGUUUUCGCAGAGACAAACUCGUUAAAUGACCGUUCUUACAUUGUGAGCAGCUCACACAGAUUCUUCUCCGGUGCUGACAUGGUACUUUUAAAAUGUCCAGGGUUGGCAGGUUUAGAGCAAACACCCCCCCCACUGUGGAGAGCAGCGGGCACAUCGCCGGACCUGUGGUGUGGACGGAGGUCACCUGGAGUGCUAAAGUUCAGUUACUGUACACGAGUUGAGGGGAAAAUGUAGCCCUUGUUCAAUGCCACUGUCACGUUUGAGUGUAACAGCCUCGACGGCAAAAGCCAUGUUUCUGCUGACACGAAGACAGCCUCGGCCGAGCUAACACGCUGCUGCUGCGCACAUCAGUGUCUUACAUCUCUGUCGACGUUCAGAUCAGAGACGAGAGCUGUCUGUCUGACCCCCCGUCGUCUUACCGACACUCCCUCCUAUUUUUUUUUUUCGUCAUUGGCAGGCUGUUUGUUUGUUUGUGGUGAUGUCCUUGUUUCUGUUCAAUCAUUCAGGAUGUUGUUUUUUUUUUUUUUGUCUCUUUUUACCGACAACAUGCAAGUACAAAUGCUACUAUGGUCUUUAAAGCUAACUGUGAUGUGCAUUACUUCCACUGUUGCUUAAAUCUUGUUCCGAUUAUUUUUUCUUCACGCAUUGACUGGCAAGCUAAUAGCCCUCCUUUCUUUCUCUGCUGUGACCUUUGCUCCCUCUCCUCUCUUUCCGCAGUCUUCUGCCCUCCGUGAACCUACAGUACUAACAAUUUUUAGACGUCUUGUGGACGCUUGGCUUCGGUGCUGUGUUGUUUUAUUUUCAUUGCACUCUUAUUGAAGAAAAAAAAAAAAAAGUUUGAGAAGUCACAUUUAAUUUUCCUAGAAUGCUUACUAUUAUCUAUGUCCGUACACCAUUUUUAUUUUAUUUUUUUUUCUACCAUUUUAGUUGCUUCUCUUCGAUUUUAAUCAUUAGUCAUUUUUAUGUCGGCGACCUCAAACAUUUGCAGCAAAACGCCAGUCUGAGGAGUUUCAUUGCUUCAUAUUGUGAUCUGAAAUUUUAUACAUGUCAUAAUAAUACUUGAUAUGUACCUAUUAAAUAUUUGGAUUCAAGAAA